GGAAAGUUCCGGAUUAGCCAAAGGUCAAUAUAUAAACCAGUGUGACUGUUAUCUGUGUCUAUCAGCCACCAAAGUCACAAGAAAUAUAGGCUACUAAUAAUUUAAAAAAUGCCAAGAGGAAGCAGAAGCCGGACCUCCAGGAUGGCUCCUCCAUCCAGCCGGGCACCACCAUCACCACCACCUAUGGCCCGGCCUCCACCCCCUCCUUCCCAUCAUGCCCCGGUUCCGAUGCAGGCCCCUCCGACUGCUAUGGGUGCUCCAGCGGCAGCACCCAGGCAGCCAGGUAUGUUCGCUCAGAUGGCGACUACAGCAGCUGGAGUGGCAGUGGGCUCUGCGGUAGGACACACUCUCGGCCACGCAAUGACUGGAGGCUUCAGCGGAGGGAGUUCAGAGCCUGCCAGGCCCGACGUCACAUACCAGGAGCCGUACCAGGCCCAGCCCACAUACCAGCAGCAACCACAGUACAUGUACCAGCAGGAGGCUCCUCAGCCGCAGCAGGCCUGCUCCUACGAGCUCAAACAGUUUGUUGAGUGUGCCCAGAACCAGAGCGACUUGAAACUCUGCGAGGGCUUCAGCGAGGUGCUCAAACAGUGCAAGUUCGCUAAUGGUCUGUCAUGAGACGGAGACAGAAAACUGGAGGCUGAAGAGCGCACACAGGCUGCAUUUAGGAGCCAUACUGGAUACUAAGAGAUCAAUAAACAUGCUUUAGUUUGACAGUUGAUUUAUCAUCAGACGGCAUCAACAUAUUCAUUUCUUAGGAGAGUACUGCAGAGCUUGUAAUCAUAGUCUUAUAAAUAAUGUUUAUUUGGUGUUGUGUGUUUUGAGUUGAGUUGUUUUUAAUUAAUUUCUGUGCUUUAAUUUAAACACACAUUAUAUCACAAGAUGAACUGCAUUGUUUGAACAUGAUGAGCCACCAGUUUCAAGACCUCCACAGUUUGCUUGUAACAAGUUAAGGAGUAAAACUAUUAAAGUACUUGGGUCAUAAAGACCAAAAAAACCAA